GUUAGCCCACAAAGAGCCCAACAAGUUUACCACAUAAAAUCCAAGCAGCGAAAGCCUGUCUUUUUUUUUUUCGAGUUUUUUUUUCUCUUUCGUUUCUAAUUUCACUCUUUAAUCCUCGCAAUCACUACCAAAUCUCUCAAAGUUUACCACAUAAAAUCCAAGCAGCGAAAGCCUGUCUUUUUUUUUUUCGAGUUUUUUUUUCUCUUUCGUUUCUAAUUUCACUCUUUAAUCCUCGCAAUCACUACCAAAUCUCUCAAAUUUCUCUUCCUUUGGCUCUCUGUUUGCCAUAAUUUUCGAUUUUUCUUCGAUCAGAUCAACCGGCAUGGGAAAAAACGUGGUUUCUGACGAAGAAGAUGAGGUGGAGUUAGAAGACGAAGAUGAGAGAGAGCCAGUUGAUGGAGAUAAAAUUGGACGAGACGACGAGGAGGAGGAGGAGGAUGAAGAAGGGCAGGAUGAAUAUGAGAAGGAUGAUUUUAUAGUGGAUGAUGUCGAGGAGGAAGAAGAGGUGGAAGAAGAAGAGGACAGGGCAGAUAGCGACGAGGAGAGGCACAAGAAGAAGAAGAAAAAGAAGAAAAGAGAAGCUGAGGAUGUACUCGAUGAAGAUGACUACGAGCUCCUGCGAGACAACAACGUGUACCACCAUCGGCCAAAGGAUAGCAAAAAAUUUAAGCGUUUGAAGAAAGCUCAGAGGGAUUCAGAUGAGGACAGAUAUGGGCUUUCUGAUGACGAGUUUGAUAGAAGUGGUAAAGGUGGUCGAACUGCUGAGGAGAAACUGAAGCGCAGCUUAUUUGGUGAUGAUGAAGGGGUUCCACUUGAGGAUAUGCCUGAAGAGGAGGAGCAAGAAGAAGUGGAAGAGGAUGUGGACAUUGGUGACGAGGAUGAGAUGGCUGAUUUUAUUGUGGAUGAAGAUGAUGAUGAUGGAACUCUUGUGAGACGCAAGAAGCUAAAGAAAAAGAAAUCUCAGCAGGCAUCUGGAGUUUCAUCUUAUGCCUUGCAAGAAGCUCAAGAGAUAUUUGGUGAUGUUGAUGAACUCAUACAGAUACGCAGGCAAGGGUUAGAAUCUAGUGAAUGGAGAGAAAGGAGACUGGAAGAUGAAUUUGAGCCAACUGUCCUUUCUGAAAAAUACAUGACUGAGAAAGAUGAUCAGAUCCGGAUGACUGAUAUUCCAGAAAGAAUGCAGGUAUCUGAGGGAAGCACUGGUCCUCCUCCAUUGGAUGAUUUCAGCAUAAUGGAGGAGAGCAACUGGAUUUAUAGUCAGAUUGCAAGUGGAACAUUGCCUUUGUUUGCGGAGAGUGGACUGCUUAUAAACAAGGAUGAUGUCACCCGAUUUUUGGAAUUACAUCACAUUCAGAAGUUAGAUAUUCCCUUCAUUGCUAUGUAUCGGAAGGAAGAGUGUUUAAGCCUGUUGAAAGAUCCCGAGCAAUGUGAAGAUGAUGAAAAUCCUUAUGACACUGGUAGAAUUCCCACAUUCAAGUGGCACAAGGUGCUUUGGGCCAUCCAGGACUUGGACAGGAAGUGGUUACUUCUUCAGAAACGAAAGAGUGCCCUCAAUGCUUACUACAAUAAGCGCUUUGAAGAAGAAUCUCGACGGAUAUAUGAUGAAACAAGACUUAAUUUAAAUCAGCAGCUGUUUGAGUCAAUUCUUAAAUCACUGAAGACUGCUGAAUCAGAAAGAGAGGUUGAUGAUGUUGAUGCAAAAUUUAACCUGCAUUUUCCACCAGGUGAGGUUGGGGUGGAUGAAGGACAGUACAAGAGGCCCAUGCGGAGAUCACAAUACAGUAUCUGUAGUAAGGCUGGUCUAUGGGAAGUUGCAAGCAAAUUUGGUUACAGUGCCGAGCAACUGGGAAUGCAGUUAUCUUUAUUAAAGAUGGAGGACGAGUUGCAGGAUGCCAAGGAAACACCAGAGGAGAUGGCUUCAAAUUUUACAUGUGCAAUGUUUGAAAGUCCCCAAGCAGUUCUUAAAGGGGCUAGGCACAUGGCUGCAGUUGAGAUAAGUUGUGAGCCGUGUGUCAGGAGAUAUGUCCGUUUAAUUUUUAUGGACAAGGCUGUAGUGUCUACGAGUCCAACAUCAGAUGGGAAAGCUGCUAUAGAUUCUUUCCAUCAGUUUGCAGGUAUCAAGUGGUUGCGUGAAAAGCCAGUCAAGAAGUUUGAGGAUGCACAGUGGCUCCUUAUCCAGAAAGCUGAAGAGGAGAAACUUCUUCAAGUCACUAUUAAGCUUCCACAAAAAGUUAUGGAUCAAUUGAUUGAUGACUGUAACGGUCGCUACCUGAGUAUUGGUGUUAGUAAAUAUGCUCAACUGUGGAAUGAGCAAAGGAGUUUGAUACUGAAGGAUGCACUCUUUGCUUUUUUGUUGCCUUCAAUGGAGAAAGAGGCUAGGUCAUUGUUGACAAGUAGAGCUAAAAACCGGUUGCUUUGGGAAUAUGGGAAGGUUUUUUGGAAUAAAGUCUCUGUGGGCCCAUAUCAACGUAAAGAAAGUGAUAUUUCCAUGGAUGAUGAAGCUGCACCUAGGGUUAUGGCUUGCUGUUGGGGUCCUGGAAAGCCAGCUACUACUUUUGUGAUGCUAGAUUCAUCUGGGGAGGUUUUAGAUGUACUUUAUGCUGGGUCCCUUACCUUACGAUCUCAGCAUGCUAAUGAUCAGCAACGCAAGAAAAAUGAUCAGCAACGUGUUCUGAAAUUUAUGACAGACCACCAGCCACACGUGGUUGUUCUUGGAGCUGUGCACUUGUCUUGUACUAAACUGAAGGAUGACAUUUACGAGAUUAUUUUUAAAAUGGUGGAGGAAAAUCCUAGAGAUGUUGGACAUGAGAUGGAUGAGCUGAGUAUUGUGUAUGGGGACGAGUCUCUCCCCCGUCUUUAUGAAAAUUCUCGGAUUUCUUCUGAUCAACUACCUGGGCAGUCAGGCAUUGUUAAACGGGCUGUUGCUCUUGGCCGUUAUCUACAAAAUCCCUUGGCUAUGGUUGCAACGCUAUGUGGACCAUCUAAGGAGAUUCUAUCUUGGAAACUAAAUCCUUUGGAGAACUUUCUCACUCCUGAUGAUAAAUACAUGGUGAUUGAACAAGUCAUGGUAGAUGCCACAAACCAGGUGGGCUUAGACAUUAAUUUGGCCACAAGCCAUGAAUGGUUAUUUGCUCCUUUACAAUUCAUUUCUGGGCUUGGACCCAGAAAGGCAGCAUCUUUGCAGAGAUCUCUGGUAAGAACUGGAGCGAUUUUCACUCGCAAGGACUUCGUUACAGCUCAUGGUCUUGGUAAAAAGGUGUUUGUCAAUGCAGUUGGUUUUUUGCGUGUCCGGAGGAGUGGCCUUGCUGCUAGCAGCAGCCAGUUCAUUGAUGUGUUAGAUGAUACAAGGAUACAUCCAGAAUCCUAUGGUCUCGCACAGGAGUUGGCAAAAGUCAUUUAUGAAAAGGACAGUGGUGAUGUAAAUGAUGAUGAUGAUGCACUCGAGAUGGCAAUUGAGCAUGUUAAAGAGCGGCCUAAUUUAUUGAAAACAUUUGUUUUCGAUAAGUAUCUCGAAGACAAGAAGCGGGAAAACAAGAAGGAGACUUUCAUGGAUAUAAGAAGGGAAUUAAUACAAGGUUUCCAAGAUUGGCGUAAACAGUAUAAAGAACCAACCCAGGAUGAGGAAUUUUAUAUGAUUUCAGGUGAAACCGAGGAUACCCUUGCUGAAGGGAUAAUUGUACAAGCCACAGUUCGCAGGGUGCAAGGUGGAAAGGCAAUAUGUGCAUUGGAAUCUGGUCUGACUGGGAUUCUUACAAAGGAGGACUACGCUGAUGAUUGGAGGGAUAUUCCUGAGUUGUCCGACAAGCUGCAUGAAGAUGAUAUACUGACUUGCAAGAUAAAAUCAAUUCAGAAGAAUAGAUAUCAAGUGUUUCUUGUUUGCAAAGACAGUGAGAUGAGAAAUAACCGAUAUCAGCAGGCCCGAAACCUUGAUCGCUAUUAUCAUGAAGACCAGAGCAGUCUGAGGAGUGAGCAGGAGAAGGUUCGCAAAGAGAGGGAACUUGCAAAGAAACAUUUCAAGCCUAGGAUGAUUGUUCAUCCACGCUUCCAGAAUAUAACGGCUGAUGAAGCAAUGGAGUUCUUAUCUGACAAGGAUCCUGGAGAAAGUAUUAUUCAUCCUAGUUCUCGUGGGCCGUCGUAUUUAACUCUAACCCUUAAAGUUUACAACGGAGUUUAUGCUCACAAAGACAUAGUUGAAGGUGGGAAGGAACACAAAGAUAUCACGAGUGUACUUCGUAUUGGGAAGACAUUGAAAAUUGGGGAGGACACAUUUGAGGAUUUGGAUGAGGUAAUGGACCGCUAUGUUGAUCCCUUGGUGAGCUACCUAAAGGCAAUGCUAAGUUAUCGCAAGUUCAGAAGUGGCACCAAAGCAGAAGUUGAUGAGCUCCUUAGGAUUGAGAAAUCACAACAGCCUACUAGGAUAGUUUAUGCAUUUGGCAUUUGUCAUGAACACCCAGGCACAUUCAUUCUCACUUAUAUAAGGAGUACAAAUCCCCAUCACGAGUAUGUUGGUCUAUAUCCCAAGGGAUUCAAGUUCCGAAAGCGUAUGUUUGAGGACAUUGAUCGGCUGGUGGCAUAUUUUCAAAAGCAUAUAGAUGAUUCCUUGCAUGAAUCAGCACCAUCAAUUAGGUCAGUUGCUGCUAUGGUCCCAAUGCGAAGCCCUGCAACUGGGGGCUCGUCCUGGGGCGGUUCAAACUAUGAAGGUGGUCGGAGAGGGCAGUCUUUUGACAGAGAUCGUUCUUCUGGUCCAGGUUCCAGGACAGGUCGAAAUGAUUAUAGAAGUGGUGGUAGUCGAGAUGGUCACCAGAGUGGGGCACCAAGACCAUACAGUGGACGAGGACGUGGUCGUGGCUCAUAUAACAAUGGCGGAGGAAGUAAUAAUGGCAAUGAAAGGCGGGAUUCUGGUUAUGAUAAGCCCAGAUGGGAUUCAGGAACCAAGGAUGGUGAUGAAGGCUGGGGCAGUUUCCCAGGAGCCAAAGUCCAAAACUCACCUGGCAGGGAAGCUUUUCCUGGUGGCUGGGGAACUGGUGCAAGCAGUGGUGGAAAUGGUUGGGGUGGUGGAGCUAGUGGUGGUGAUAAUAGUGGUUGGGGCCCUGGAACUGGUGGUGGGACUGAUAGUGGGAAUUCUGGGCGGGGUACUACCAGCUUGAAGAGAGAUUCAGCACAAAGGGGGUGGGGUGCUGCUGGAGGUGGAAAUGGCAAUGGUAGUGACUCUGGUCAUGGAAGUCGUGGUGUAGGCACUAACGAUGAGAAUUCUGGGUGGGGGCAAUAACUCUUUAAGAAGGUCCAGCACAGAGUAGCUGGGGGUACUGGUGGCAAUGGCGGUGGUGACUGGGGUCAAGAAAAUGGUAGUGGGGCCACUGACAACAGGAGUUCUGAACUCCCGGUACUGCUCCCAAGAGAGGUUCUUAAUAGUCACAAGCCGACAGUGGAUGGUCAGGAGGUGGUGGUGGUUGGUGAAGCAGCCAAACACUAGUCCAUUCCAAGUUUCCGAGGUAAAUGACUGGAAAGAGGCAACGGCAUAGCUCUAGGGAUCUGGCGAAAGCUGUAGAACCUGGCAAGGUUCUUCCAACAGCAUUUUCUGGCAGGUGGAAGGACCGUUGAAUAUACAUGUAACUCUUAUCAUGUAGAAAAAAAUAUUUGCUUUUUUAGUUAUUUUUUAGUUUUUUCAAUUUAAUUUAAGAAAUUAAAUAUUAUGUUUAAUAAUUUUAUUUUCUCUA